ACCCACUGGAUCCUCGUUGGUUCCUCUCAAGGUUUCUUCCUCUUAACAUCUUAGGGAGUUUUUCCUCGCCAUCGUCGCCUCCGGCUUGCUCAAUUGGGAUAAAUUCACAAAUUUAAAAUCUGUAUCCCGUGUUUAUAUAUUUCUGUAAAGCUGCUUUGAGACAAUGACCGUUGUAAAAAACACUAUACACAUAAAAUUGUAUUGAAUUGAAUUAAAUACAUGACUUAUUUGAGUCGUUUACUUCAAAGUCUAUAUAUAAACACCACCUUAGCAGCUCUAGCAAUAAAUUUCUGAACACCUUGUGUAUAAAUAAAGGAGAUACCAUGUUGACAUAUUUGUUUAUAAUGUAGUAGAUUUGACAUUUUUAAAGGGUUAAAAUAACCCUGAAAAUAUUAACCCAUUUAUUCCACCACAGCGCUGUUAAAGGCUGAUCUCCAGUUAUCGAAAAUGUUUGGUUGCAGUAAUUGCUGCUGAAGUUUAGUAACGAAAUAAGCCUGUGUUCCUAGGAUGAGCUGACCUCAUAGUGAGAAACAUGGUGUUGCACAGUGUUUGAGGAGCUAAUUUUCAGUUGUAACUUUUUAAGCUACAACUCAGGAAGCAAACUGAUGUUGGCUCAAAGCCUAUUUUGGGUGGCUAUGUUGGCCCUCCCUAUAAAUCUUUGGCCCAAUGUUGGGUUAGGAUUUAUUUAUUGUAUUUAUUUAUUUAUUUAUUUUUAAAUAAAAUUGGCGAAGCAGCACAUUUCAUAACAACCCUGCCUACGUUGGCAAGGUGGCAGAAAGUCUCUCUGCCCUGGUACCCCAAUCUUGACCCAAUGUAUACAAUAACUUUGGCCCAAAAGAAUGACUGACCUGGGAAGGUGCUGAAUGGAAAUAGCUAAGCUACAGCUAAGAAAAGUAGAUUACACUGAAGCUGAAUGCUAUGAAGCUUAUGGUAUAAACUAAUCUGCUGAAUACUGCGUCAUAGUAUGUUAUGUAUAUAUUCACAGCAUUUAAUAUAUAUAUUUAUUUAUAUUGUUAUUCUUUUGCACUACCUGUUAUAUCGGACACUUUCAUAGUAGAGCUGUGUAUUGGUCGGCGCUACUCUGUGCCCAUUGUCCUGGUUUAGUAGUUACUGUAUUGUCUUGUGUUGUUUGCACCCACAGUUCAUGUAUAUUGUGUAGGGUUUUUUUUUUUUUUUUUUUAAUGUAGCACCAUGAUCCUGAAGGAACGCUGUUUCAUUCACUGUGUACUGUACCAGCUGUAUAGGGUUGGCAUGACAAUAAAAAGCCACUUGACUUGAAGCUAGUUUAUCAAACUGACGCUAAUCAACCGUGUGGCAUUUUAGUUUUACCGUGCAACUUUACUGUUUGAUUCAUUAAUAAUUUGUGAAAAGGGAAAAGCAUUUUGUUGUGCUAGACUGCUACUUAUUGAAAAGGUAGCUCGUAUCGGGACAGCUACAUUGUUUUGAAAAUAACUCAGCUAGUGUCGCGCUAGUAAAAUGUAGAUAAGCUAGUAGAGUCGCUAGUUGUAGGUGACGUUGUGACUGGAGUUGCUCUUUAAAGUAAUGGACUAGCCUUAAAGGGGGCUUACAGAGGAAGGGCAAACCGACAACGGCGUUUUUAAAACAGUGUUGAACAAACACCAAGUUGAAAUUCCAGAACCGGUAUAAAAUAUGCUCGGCACAACACUACAGCACGUCCAGUGACCUGUCUUACCGCGAUACUCGCAAAUCUCGCGAGAUAUAGAACGCUUCCUUCUGGUUGGAGAGCUGCUUCCUGUACCGGAUUUUUUUUUUUUUUUUUCUGCAAAAUUUCUAAAAGUGUUUAAACGGAAUUUUGAGCACAAGUCACGCAUCGACAGGACAGCCGCUGGGAUGAUUUAAUGCUGCAGCCUCUUGGUGAAAAAGAGGGAUCAGCUGUGCUAGGACAGAGGCCUAAAAGCUGUCAUCUGUCUGAGGACGCUUCCUAUAGGAGCCAGGGCCGCGCCGAGUCUCAGUCCCAGUCUCUACUGGGAGAGCUUUGAAAAAUAUUACAGUCAUGACUCCGUCUCAAACCUUGUUCCAGCUCAUACACUAGAGCGUUUUGCCGUCAAAGAGGGUUUCCGACCAACCAAUGCUUACCUGUCUGUGUGGGAGCAGCUUCUCUUGACUUCUUGUCAUCCGCCUACUUGUCCGACUGUGACAGAACUCCGUGAGGCAUGCCAGACUGGAAAAACUAAACCUUCUCAACAGCUGGUUUAUAAUAUAUUGUGUCACUUUAGGGAAAUUACACUGGCGGUAACUCGUUGUCGUUGCAUUUCUCGGUAAAAUAAUAAUAAUAAUAAUAAUAAUAAUAAUAUAUAUAUAUAUAGUAGUCAGUCAUGGCCCCGAAGAAACCCCGACCAGUCCCACUGACCAUACCGCCUACAGGAGAGGGUCAACCGUCCACCAACGCUGAUGCUGCCUCAGAAGCUAAUCUGGAAGCCUUGCAGAAGAAGCUAGGGGAGCUGGACUUGGAUGAGCAGCAGAGGAAGCGUCUCGAAGCCUUCCUCACCCAGAAGGCUCAGGUGGGUGAGCUGAAAGAUGAUGACUUUAAACCCAUCUGUGAGCUGGGUGCCGGGAACGGAGGAGUGGUCCACAAAGUGCGCCAUAAACCCUCUAGGCUGGUUAUGGCCAGAAAGCUUAUUCAUUUGGAAAUCAAACCAGCCAUUAGGAACCAGAUUAUUCGUGAGCUGCAGGUGCUGCAUGAAUGUAACUCACCCUACAUAGUGGGCUUCUAUGGAGCUUUCUACAGUGAUGGGGAGAUCAGUAUCUGUAUGGAGCAUAUGGAUGGCGGCUCGCUGGAUCAGGUACUAAAAGAAGCUAGAAGAAUUCCAGAGGAAAUCCUGGGCAAAGUUAGUAUUGCAGUACUCAGAGGACUUGCCUAUCUACGGGAGAAGCACCAAAUUAUGCACCGAGACGUGAAGCCCUCCAACAUCCUGGUGAACUCGCGCGGUGAAAUCAAGCUGUGCGACUUUGGCGUGAGCGGCCAGCUCAUCGACUCCAUGGCCAAUUCCUUUGUGGGAACACGUUCGUACAUGUCGCCGGAGAGGCUCCAGGGCACUCACUAUUCAGUGCAGUCGGAUGUGUGGAGCAUGGGCCUGUCACUGGUAGAGCUGGCCAUAGGCCGCUACCCCAUCCCCCCGCCUGACGCCAAGGAGCUGGAGGCCAUCUUUGGGCGACCCGUGCUGGAUGGAGCAGAGACAGAGGGACACAGCACGUCCCCAAGACCCAGACCUCCUGGACGCCCCAUUAGUGGACAUGGAAUGGACAGCAGGCCGGCCAUGGCUAUAUUUGAGCUACUGGACUACAUUGUCAAUGAGCCCCCACCUAAGCUGCCACAUGGUGUAUUUACCUCAGACUUCCAGGACUUUGUGACAAAAUGCCUCAUCAAGAACCCUGCAGACCGAGCUGACCUGAAGAUGCUGAUGGGCCACACAUUUAUCAAGCGUGCAGAAGUGGAUGAGGUGGACUUUGCUGGCUGGUUGUGCAGAACCAUGGGUCUGAAUCAGCCAAGCACUCCCACUCGCACCUCUGAAUGAACUCCAGUCAAGCCACACACACCAUUCCCAGCACCCUCUCUCCGUUUCCUCUUCUCCCCUCUGGUUCUUUUUCCCUGCUUGAUAAGCCUGGUCAGGCCAACUCACUUCCCCUUGUCCCUCCUCACUUGCUCUAUUGUUGCCACAGGGCUUUCUGCAGGUACUGGUCUAUGAAAGGUCGUGUUUGUCAUUGGUACAACUGUCCAUUUAAUUGAAUUUAGGUUCAAACAUGUCUUGCCUUGAAUUAACAGCAUAUUUAAGAUCUCAGAGCAGUUAUUCAGGAAUGUUUCAGGUAUGGCAUUAGAGCACUGGGUGUAUACUGUAUAAUGCAUAUUUUUACUAUGAUUUUUCAGGUGUCAUAUUUUUGCACUCUGGUGAUUGUGUAAUAGUGUUGCUACAUGAAAACAGCAGUCUGGUCAGAUGUUCUGUUUCAGAAGAUACAUUUCUGUUCUACUCUCUCUUGUGUUGAACAGUUUUAAACCAAAGAGGGCUACUGCAGAUCACACUGAUAAUGAUUUUCUGGUAAUGUGUGGGCUGGAUAUGUUUAUAAAGAUGAAUGAAUUCAUGAAGCUGAACUGCUACUCCUACAUGCAUUUAUGUAGGUAUACAGUUGAUGCAAAGUCUGAGACGUUGCAAGACCAGGAUGUUUGGUAACAUAUCAGAUAUUGAUUAUGUUAUAAAUUUGGAGAUAUAAACAGCUUGUGGCAGCUUCUGCCUUAAAUGUGUUAAUUUAAAAGAAAAUAAACUAUCUCCACUGUAAAACAGUAUGGUUAUAAAUAUCCCAAAAUAAGGACAUGCAGCCCAUCUGCAUUUUAUCACAGAAAGAAACUUGUGAAAUUUGAGAUGUAACACAUUUACUGUCACAAGAUAUUUCUAUAUUAUACAGAAGGGCACUUUUACUUCCUAAAAUCUUUUUUUGUUUGUUUUUUUUCAUGGCUGUAUAUGAUGCUUAGGUUUGUUAUCUGAAAAUUCUGUUUAAUGCUGUAACGUUUUUCACCAUUUGGUAUUUUGGGGAAGAUAUUUUUUAUGCUUUGAUGCUGCAUUUUUUUGCCAACUACACAUAAAGACAGAGAUACACUUUUGCUCUAUAGACAAACCAGGAUUACACUCCACAUUACAGCUGACAAUCCGCACACAGACUGUACAUCCUCAGCAAGCUCUGUUUAAUAUAAGUUAAUAAAGAAUUUGCGUAGUACACAAUUCACUAAGUUGUGAUAAAUGUGACGUACUAUGCAAGCAAAUGUAAUUUAAUAUAAAUGCACAGAGUUAGUGGAUGGCUGAUGUAAGGUAGGAAUGUAGGCCCAUUGGAUGCUGAUAGGGCUUGGCUAUGUUCUUUACCUUCUUCAAUGUUCAGUUUCUCCGAAACAAAAUGGGGCAUAAUAUAGGCAUAGAACACAUGUAUCACAUUCAGUUGAAAAAGACUGUCUCAAAAGACAUCAGUUUUUACAUUAUGAUAUUUUUUUGAGAAACUGAACAUAAUAAUGUUGGACCUGUAUUGCGAACAUAGCUGGCAUUCACCUCCAACCAAAUGAAUGCAGAUGCACAUGUGUAUAAAAAUAUAUAUACAGUACUAGUAGUACUGUUUCACAGUCUUAAAAAAUAGCCUUCUUUAGUUGUCUUUUUUUUCUCUCCUUUUUUUGAUCGGUGUAGGAAAAUUGGAAAGUCAUUUUACUGUCAUAUGAAUUUGUUGAAUACAAUUCUAAUACAUGAAUAAAAUCUU